GAACGUGUUGGGGCUUCAGAAGGAUAAGGAGUGGCGUGCCGUACACGAAACUGUAACUGAUCUUCGUUCGCAUCAAUGGAUACGACUUGCGGCAGCAGCCUCUCGUGAUGGACAAGCUGGGGCUGAUGAAGGAAUGGCCGAUGGGACCUGCAGACUCUGCUGCCGGCUGCGAGGGUGCCUGAUCUGAUCGAUGGUCGUGAGGACGGAUGAACUGAACUCUUCGCUUAUUGUCCUGGUGGUGGUUCUGUCUGUCGUCUUUUUGACCUCGUCGGCAUCCGCAUUCACCCUACUGACGAAACAGUCAGUGAAGAAUCGACGCAUUCAGCCAUCGCGGCGCCUGCAAUCGAUGACUGAUGAGUCCGCUGUCCCUGCUGCUGCUCCUGCGGUGCUGCUGACUGUUGCCUACGACGGCACGGACUUCAACGGGUGGACGGCAAGGGGCGGCCCUCACACCACCCCUCCUACGCCUCUGCCUACCCCCACCGACGCAGCAAUCAACCAGGGCGAUGUUUGCGAUGGCAAUGGCAGUGGCGGUCCCUCACCAUCACCAUCACCAUCACCGCCACCCACACCAGGGCAGGGGAAGAAGCAGAGGCGGCCCAAGAUGAUCCGCACUGUCGAGGGGGAGCUACGACGGUGUGUGUCGCAGCUGUGUGGAGGUCGCGUGCAGCCGUGGGAGCUGCUCAUGUGGGGGGCGAGCAGGACGGAUGCCGGUGUUCACGCCAGGGGGCAGAUGGUGCAGCUAGGGUUUGGGGAGGGCUUCAGCCUGAUGGAUGGCGACCCUCAGCGGAUUCGUCGCUCUCUGAAUGCACUGCUGCCGGAGGAUGUCAGGGUGGCGCGCGCCACGAGGGCGCCGCGGGCAGACGUACGUAUGUGAUGUGAGCAUAUGAUUGGACCCAGCCAUGGAUGGAUGGUUUCCUUCCUGUGCGUCUGUACUGUGUGCUGUGUGCUGUGUGUUUGUUCAGUUCCACGUGACGUCCUCUGCCGCAGGCAAGGAGUACCGAUACACGGUGGGUCGGUCAGAUAGCCCGCCAGACAAACAGAGGGAAAUCAGCCAGCGGACUGACUGCCAUGUGUUGGCAUGCAUUGUAUUGCAUUGCUUGCCCACCUGCUCUGCUCACAUGUCUGUCUGCCUGCCUGUGUGGCUGCCUGCAGUUGGAUUUGGGUGUCCCGCCGGACCCCUUGUCGCGUCGGUAUAGGUGGGCGAUAAGCGAAGACCGGGCCCUCGGCAAGCAGUGCAGCAUCAGCGACGACGGCACACGAGUGCUUGUCGAUUGGGAUGCCGUUGGCAAGGCGGCUGAGGCACUCACAGGCACACAUGACUUCUCGGUAGGAGCAAGGGACGAAGGCAACUCAAGCACCUGAUUGUUUUCAUUUUUCCACUGCCGUCACUCAUCCAGGCGUUUCGUUCGGCUUACAGCGGUGUUGAGAGGGACCGUGUGGUGGACCCCGUGUGCACAGUCUCGCAGAUUGCCAUCGUGCCCGACCCGUCGGGACACCACAGUGACCCCCCAAACAGGUCAGUCAGUCAGGAUGACGCCAACCAGCGCACAGUCAGGCACGCCACACGAGUCAAUAUCUGUUUGUGUGUGUUUGUGUGUGAACAGUGUGCAGUUUGUGUUCCAUGGCAACCGCUUUCUCUACAAAAUGAUCCGCCGACUUGUAGGUGCCCUUGUCGAGGUCAGUCAGCGGACUGGCAGCCAGCCGCCAACCAGUCAGCCAGCCAGCCAGCCGCCAACCAGUCAGCCAGCCACCCACCCACCCACUGUGUCUUCCUGUCUUCCUGUCUGUCUGUCUGUCUGUCUGCAUAACGUCAUUCAGGUGGGCAUGCAUCGGUGUACAGUGGACGAGGUGCGUCAUGCGCUGGAGAAUGCCGUGUGGAAGCGGCAGGUGGCCAGGGGGGAUGGUCGGGUGGCCACGAGUGCGAAUCCCCCCGUGUGUGCACCGCCACACGGACUGGUACUAGAGCAAGUCUUUUAUGACGAUGCGAUUUAGGCAGACAGACUGAUGUAAAUGGGACGAGACAUGCUGCUGCAGCAGCAGCGACAGGUAUGCACACGUGCAUCAUGCCAGGGGCCAUGGUGGAUGGAUGGAUGGACCGGCAUUUGAUUAGCUGGUGUGAUUCAUAUGUCGUUUCUCUGGCUUCUUUGCCUGCCUGUGUGUGCCUCAGUCAGGAUCAGCAGCAGCUCCCGCCUCUGGCCGAGGAGGGGGAAGGAGAGGAUGGCGACGAGCAGCAGCAGCAGCAGCAGCAGCCAGACGACGGUCCGGGAGAGGAGGGGGGAAGAGUGGCUGGGGCCGCUGGGCAGCCGACGGAGGCUGUGGUGUCGGGGGUGGCGCCGGAGCAGCAGCUGGCACGGCGGCCGGGGGCUUCCCGAUGCGACCUGGUGGGGUGUGCACGUGCCUCGGCAGGCAGGCAGGCAGGCAGGCUGAUAUGAAUCUGGCUGACGCUUGCUUUUCGUAAACGCGUAUCCAGUCGACCGGAUCGUGUGUGUGCUGGGCAGCUGCUGGUUGGGUGUGCGGUGCAUGCCAAGCAUCCCCUGCAGCACCGCACAGCACAGCACAGGACAGAACAGGACGGCCCGAAUCGGGUGUGUGAGUGUGUUGGUGGUGUGCUCGUGGCAAGUCGGUGCAGUCCAUGGACGGAUGGAUGGAUGGAUGGAUGGACACACACAUUUUGCCGCACCAACAGAUGGAUGACAGACAGGUUCAGUCUCGCGUUCUGACAGAUUCAUGCGAAUGCGAAUGUGUGUGUGGUGGGGUGGGGUAACCGACUGGCUGACUCGGCAUGCGUGACUUGACAAAAUCACAUGUAGUGAGUUGUUGACACUGCUGCAUGCGCGCACACCCGCCCCCCACUCCGUCCAUCCGUCUAUCCAUCCCUUCAUGACCUGCCUGAGCUUUCAGGCGGACACUAAUGUGCUGCUGUCUCUCUGCGAUGGCGAGGAUGGCGGCCUACAUCGAGUAGGGAGGAGGUAGGUUGGCUGGUACUCGUCUCGUGUGCCGUGCAAUCCAAAAUGAUGGAUGCGUCUGGCCGGUAGGUACUUCACUUGGUGCGCACACUCAUAUAUAUGCUCCCCCCAACCGAAGUGAGAGUGUGCGAAGGGACCUCAAUAAGUAAACGACCUAAGCAUCC